AUGAGGGUUGUGGUGGUGGGGUUGAGGGUUGUGGUGGUGGGGUUGAGGGCUGUGGUGGUGGGGUUGAGGGUUGUGGUGGUGGGGUUGAGGGAGUUAGUUGACAUAGCCUUUGAGCCUUAUGGUGCAGUUGCCGGUCUGUAUGACUUCGGUGACCUGGGACAGGGGCUGAUGGAGAACCUGCUGCAGGAAUGGAAGCGACACUUUGUGCUGCACGACAACAUGUUGCGGGUAGCCUGCCCUGUCUUCACGCCUGAAGCCAUGCUUAAGGCGUCCGGACACGUUGACAGAUUUGCCGACUGUAUGGUUAAGGACGUGGUGACGGGCGAGUGCUACCGCCUCGACCAUCUCAUCAAACUCCACCUGGAGAAGAAGAUCUCCAGCAAGAACUUCCCUGAGGGGGAGAAGGCGGCGAUCUCCAGCCUGCUGGCCCGCCUUGAUGGCCUGGAUGUGGUGAGAAGGAGAUUAUCUCCAGCCUGCUGGCCCGCCUUGAUGGCCUGGAUGUUGUCUCUUAUACACAUCUAG